AUGGAUUUCGAUGCUCCUCGGUUUAUCGAUCAGUUGGAGAUAAUUCGACAAUUACGAGAAGAUCCUAAAAUAGGAUUCUUUUACAUGAUUUACGCUGUGGAUCGAUCCUCGAAGUAUUUUACUCCUUAUGCUUUAAAGGUUGUUCAGUAUAAAGAUGUAGGCAAAGUUUACAUGACUAUCAGUGCCAGUGGUGUAACACAGCACAAUCCAGACGAAAUGAGCUUCACUCCCAUUGAACAGUGGGAGAGGGAAUAUAUUUUUUACCUAAAAUUGCUAAAGAUAAGGACGUUCAUCGUGUUUCGAAUGUGGAAGAAUUUCUACGUUUGGAAGAAGAUAGUUAGUUAUAAAAAAUUCGUCAUGGCAAAACAUUAUUUAACGGAGAAUCUGUUUAUAUCGGACUCGAUCCUCAGCAAAGCGUUGCUAGAAAUUAAGUCCAUGUGCUCGAUUUUUCUUGACUCGAGCCUCUUCGAUAACACGAUUUUUGAGAAGAUUUUGCUUUUCUAUUUCGUAGAAAAACAAUUUACAAAGCUAGAACUAAUUAGAAAUAAGUUAGAUGAGUUCAGGAGAUUAGCGAUAAAUAUUGUUAACAAUGCCUGCCUCGGUGCUUUAUUAAAGGCUGGAUACACUCCCGAUGAUUCCAAUGUAACAAUAGAGCAAACUGCGUACGGAAAACUUGGUGAGUUCGGCGCUGUUAAAUUUAAAAUGCCCAAAGAUGGUAUUCUCAAAAUGAGUUACAUCGAACAGGCACGAAAGAGGGAGAAAUGUUACAGACUGUCUUGCUUUGUUCAUCUGAUCGAUUACAUGCAAACGAACAUGAUGCAUGUCCUUUUGUUGAACACUUAUCGAAAGGUCAUACAACUCUUGAAGAUUUACACGGAAUUUCUGCCGGAUGACGAAUCAAUAGAUAACGACGUAAUUGAUCUCCCCCUAAAAGAAAAUCGUCCAUCGUCGCAUCGUAUUCAGUUACCAUAUUGGGUUGUGGAUUUGCUUAUUUUACCGUCUUCAGAAAUUGUAAUGGAUCCAUCUGAAAGUAUUUUCCUUUUCGUGAUAAAAACUAUAGAAACUAUGUGGGAGGAGAACUUGUACGCUAUUAAACCUCUGCUCUCGGAUCCCUUUUUCCAUCCUUUCACGAGGCCUAUGAUCAAUCACAAAGUGGAAGAGCGUAUCUGCGGCUGUCCACCAGAGGUCCAGGAAAUUUUGAAGCAAGACCCAAUCACGCUAGCUUCCAAGGCAGAACUGAAGGAACUUCUCGAGAGGAACUUGGACGCUAUAAAACGUUACUGCCAACGAUUCAACGUGAUCAGACAGUUUUAUCAGGAGGACACGAUGUUCGACGAAGACAUCAUCCGCGACAAUCGAGACGUUAAAUUAUUCCGGGGAUGGAGCAUUCGUUACAAGAAAGAAGUGGAUCUGAUUCACAAAGUGAUCGACUUUCAGCCAUUCGGCCUCUUCUUCAUUCAACUGGAACGAUUCAAGAGCGCAGCUGAAACUGCACCUAGAGGGAAAUUAGGAGUUAUUGAAGCUGUUAUGCCUGGACUGGGAAAAAGUCGAGUUGACGCUUUAUUAACGCAAGCGAUCGACGCUAUCAAUUAUUUGGAAACAGUCCCUGUGACAACUGACGAAUAUGUUGCGUACAUAAAGUUUGUAGAUCAGGCCCAAGAAAAUGUUGACGAGAUGGAGUCUCAGCUGGAUUACGUGAAAGAGUUGUACGACACGAUGGAAGAAUUCGCUUUUCCUAUACCGUCCGUCGAUAUGGCAAAUUAUCUGGGUAUUGGAAGUCAUUUCACCAGUUUACGCUUGGUCGUAGAGAAUCGAUUGGAACAGAGGCCAAAGUUAAUAAAUAAAUUCGACGCUCAGCUUCAAAAGGACAUCACAGUGUUGAACGAAGAAAUAUCAGAAAUUUACGACGAAAUAACGCAACCAUGGUUAUUGGAUUACGGAAGCGACAUUGACGCCUGUUUGAAUACGUUGAAAGAGCUGAAUAAACGAUUAGCAGCGUGUGCUACUAAAGCGGAACAAUAUCGUGCCCAUCAAAGGACAUUUAAGAAGCUCGAACAGACGAGAUUCGACAUCUUAGAUCAAGUAAUGAACGAACUGAAGUUACGUAUUUUAUUAUGGGAAAGCUUGACUUCCUGGGAGAACGCUGUCUACGAGUGGUACGCCAGCGAUUUCGACGCCUUGAACGUGGAAGAAAUCACCGCGUUUACAAUGCGCACCAUGAAGAACAUAAUUCAGUUGGAAAGAGGCCUGCCACCGAAUAAUAUCUUGCCGGACUUGAAGGAGAGCGUUGAAUUGAUAAGGAACAAGUUGCCUGUUCUCGGUUACUUGAGGAAUCCAGACUUAAAGGACAGACACUGGAAGACGAUCGAGACUAUAUUGAACCAUACUUUCGUGCCCGACGAAAAGAAGACUUGGAACCAGAUGGAGGAGCUCGGUGCGUUUUUAAAACCGAACGAACUGAUGGAAGUGGCCGCCGCGGCGAGCUCCGAAGCCAGCUUGGAAAACAUGUUGAAGAAAGUGAUAGACACGUGGGAAAAUCUGAAAUUUAUCGUCGUACCGUACAAAGAAGGGAAAGACGUUUUCAUUAUAGGCACUCUCGAAGAAAUUCAGAUCGCAAUGGACGAAAGCAACAUCAAUUUACAAACUAUCAACGCGUCUCGCCACGUUGCGCCAAUUCGAUCGCUGGUCGAAGAGUGGGUGCAAAAGUUGGAUUUAUUCACCGUCACUUUGGAAGAGUGGCAAUAUUUGCAACAGCAGUGGUUGUAUCUCGAGGCGAUAUUUUCAGCGCCGGAUAUUCAGCGACAAUUGCCCAUGGAAGCAAAACUUUUCAUCGAGGUCGACAAGUUUUGGAAAGACCUUAUGAGACGCACUUACAAGGCGCCUUUGGCCAUGCAUGCGUGCACACAACCAGGCUUGUUAGAGCAACUUCAAGAAAACAAUCGAAUGUUGGACGAAGUGAUGAAAUGUUUGGAGGCGUAUCUCGAGACGAAGCGAAUAGCGUUCCCCAGAUUCUUCUUCCUAUCCAACGAUGAGCUUUUAGAAAUUUUGGCUCAGACGAAAAACCCGCACGCGGUACAGAGGCAUUUGCAGAAGUGCUUCGACGCCAUAUACAGAUUAGAAUUUGCAAUGAAAGAAACCGAAACCGGCGAACUGGUGCUAACAACAGAUAUAGUUGCUAUGAUUUCACCGGAAGGUGAGAGAGUCCCGCUUGGAAAGGGUUUGAGAGCUAGGGGUAAUGUCGAAGACUGGUUAGGUCGAGUCGAAGAAACUAUGUUUUCAACAUUAAGGAGAAGCAUGAAAGAUGGAAUUAAGGACUUGGCUGAGAAAGGACGAGGCCAAUUUCUGUACAUGCAUCCCUCUCAGAUAGUCCUCGCCGUGUGCCAAAUAUUUUGGACUCGAGAUAUCCACGUUAUCCUAGAUUCCCCUGAGAACGUGAUCGAAAAGAUGAAAGCAUUUGAAGAAAAGUGUUUCGCGGACUUGAAUGAAUUAGCGAUGAUGGUGAGAGAAGAAUUGCCACAAUUGAUACGUGAUGUCAUAAUCAAUUUGAUAACAAUAGAUGUGCAUGCCAGGGACAUUGUUACAACUUUGGUUGAAAAUAAAGUGACUUCGAGUGUAAGCUUCGAUUGGGUAAAAACAUUACGUUAUUAUUGGGAUGAAGAACUCGACAAUUGUCUAACACGUAUGAGUAAUUCUAAAUAUCUUUACGGGUACGAAUAUCUCGGUGGUGCUCCUGCGGGACCUGCAGGUACUGGAAAAACCGAGACGACAAAGGAUUUGGCCAAAGCAGUCGCUAUUCAAUGCGUUGUAUUUAAUUGUUCAGAAGGACUUGAUUACAGGAUGAUGGGUAGAUUCUUUUCCGGCUUGGCAACUUCCGGUGCCUGGUGCUGUUUCGACGAAUUUAACAGGAUAGAUAUCGAGGUGCUUUCUGUAAUAGCUCAGCAACUAAUUACCAUCAGAAAUGCCAAGAUUGCCAGAGCCACUGAAUUCAUGUUCGAAGGAAGAAUGAUCAAAUUGGUGAUGUCUUGCGCAACUUUCAUCACUAUGAAUCCAGGAUAUGCUGGCCGCACGGAAUUACCAGACAAUUUGAAGGCAUUGUUCCGAACGAUGUCUAUGAUGGUUCCAGACUACAGUACAAGCACUUCUCGAACGAUGCUCGACGAAUCUCUUCCCAUAGAACUUAUCGCCGAGGUCACACUGUAUUCAGAAGGAUUCGAGUCGUCGAAACCGUUGUCGCAGAAAAUGACUUUAAUGUAUACACUUUGCAGCGAACAACUUUCCCAACAGGAUCAUUAUGACUUUGGGAUGAGGGCUGUGAAAAGCGUGUUGGUGAUGGCUGGUAGCCUUAAACGAAACAAUCCUGACAAACCAGAGGACGUUGUUUUAAUCAGAGCCUUGCGCGAGAGCAAUAUACCAAAGUUUCUACGCGACGACGCUGAAUUGUUCGAAGGCAUCGUGGGAGAUCUCUUUCCAGGCAUCGAUAUUACCGAGGAAGACUAUGGUAUUCUAAAGGACACAGCUAUUGAAAUACUGAAAGAAGCCAAGUUACAACCAGAAACUUGCAUCUUAAAGAAAGUUACUCAGCUGCACGAAUGUUUGCAAGUAAGACACGGGGUGAUGUUAGUUGGACCGACUGGUUCAGGGAAAACGACAAUUCUUCGAGCAAGUCUUGUGGAACUUUAUAUAUUUUUUUCUGUUAUAAACAGUAUAAUUGCCCAGUAUAAGUCGAAAUAUGUGCAUUUCUUCUUUCAGACUCUCGCAAACACUUACAACAGGCUGCAUGAAAUGGGUGUACCUGGGCCGUGUUAUCAGUCGGUUCACAUGUAUGUAAUCAAUCCGAAAGCAGUUACGAUCGGUGAAUUGUACGGAAAAGUAGAUAUAAUGACCAACGAAUGGCGCGACGGAUUGAUCGGUUCUACAGUUCGUCACGCAUGUUCUUUCACCACGGAGGAUCAUCAAUGGAUCGUCUGCGACGGACCGGUGGACGCUGUCUGGAUAGAAAACAUGAACACUGUUUUAGACGAUAAUAAAAUGUUGUGCCUGGCCAACUCUGAAAGAAUCAAAUUCACCCCUUACAUGCGCAUGUUAUUCGAAGUUAUGGAUCUUGCACAAGCCUCUCCUGCUACCGUCAGUCGCUGUGGAAUGGUAUACGUUGAUCCUACGGAGUUGAAGUGGAUGCCUCAGGUGAAAUCGUGGCUGGACACGCUUCCCGAUACCGUUAAAAACAAGCAUCGAUUACAAAUUGCCGAACUGUUUGAGAGAUAUUUCGAAGACGGGCUAACCUUCUGCAGCAAGAGCUGUGUCUCUCCAAUCGCACAAGUUGUGUUUCUACCUUGCGUGGAAAUUGAAUACCAAUUUUCUUUCCAACACUGUGUUGACAUCAGUAAAGCAUCCAUGACUUGCACGAUAUUGGAAUAUAUUUUAAACGAGCCAGACGCGAUAGAGAAAACCACGGAGAAGGCGAGGAUUAGAACGUUCUUAACUCAGUCGUUCGUUUUCGCUUCCCUUUGGGCCAUCGGUGGCAACGUCGACGACGCGUCUCGCGGCGUGUUCGAGGCUUUCGUGAGGAAGCAAUUCGAGGACAACGAAGAUGCGUUUUUGCCACCGAUAGAUUUAUGGGAGCUGUACGUAAACGUCCAAGAGCAUCGGCUGGACCUUUGGACAGACGUUAUGCCAGAAUUCGUGUACGAUAGCGGAAUGCCAUUUUUCGACAUCCUCGUGCCAACCAUCGACACUGUACGAUUUGGUUAUCUAAUGAAGAAGUUAAUCGAGAUAAAUAAGCCGGUGUUUCUUACCGGGGAUACUGGAGUCGGCAAAUCGGUGAUAACGAAGGUCGUUUUAAACAACUUGGAAGACAGUCAACUCUGGUCGCCGAUCAAUCUGAUCUUCUCCGCUCAAACGAGCAGCGGCAGAACGCAGGAAAUUUUGGAACUGAAAUUGGAAAGGAGGAAGAGGACGGUGUUGGGGGCACCUAUCGGAAAACGGGUGUGCGUGUUCGUCGACGACGUCAACAUGCCGAAAUUAGACACAUACGGAUCCCAACCGCCGAUCGAACUUUUGCGGUAUGCUUCGCAUUUACGUUAUUCUUCUGUAUUUCUUUUUAGAAUAGGAUUGUUCACGUGUAGCUGUUUGAAUCUCUGCAGACAAUUGCUAGAUUUCCGCGGUAUGUACGACAAAGAGAAGCUAUUCUGGAAACGUGUAGAAGACGUUGUCUUCACUGUGGCUUGCGCUCCUCCUGGAGGCGGUAGAAACCCAUUAACACCGAGAUUCGUCAGGCACUUUGCUAUGCUGCUCAUCCCGGCUCCUAUGGAACUCUCUUUGAAGCGAAUUUUCAAGACAAUUGUAAGUGGAUUUCUGGAAGAUUUCGUGGAGCCUGUCAGGCAAGUCGGCGACAGGAUAGUGAACGCGGCAGUCGAUAUUUAUCAAAGGAUCACGACUGAUCUUCUGCCCACGCCAGAGAAAAGUCAUUAUAUCUUUAAUCUGCGCGAUUUACUUUUCUACCACGAAUCUCUUCGAGUUUUUCACGAUCGAUUGAUCAACGUUCAGGAUAAGAGCUACUUUUAUAGACUUCUGAACGACGUGUGUGUGAACACGCUCGGCGUGCAAGUGAUGCGGCUACCGGACGAGAAGAUCAUCGAGAAACCACCGGUGUUGUUGUUUGGCGAUUUCAUGACUUUCGGGGCAGCGAGAGAGCAACGAAUGUACGAGGAACUUACGGAAAUUUCGAAAGUCAGAAGAACCCUGGAG